GCCUAAAAAUACAUGGCGAUUUCCAUUGAGCCGUUUCCGGUGCACGUGCAGCUUCCCAUUUCCAACCCUGCAGAAGUGUGGAUCUUUUUGACAGAUAUCGAUUCAAACCUGCUGACGUCAAAAGCAUCCUACAUCUUUUACCAUUGCAGAGAUGCUGUUUUUCAAUGAAGAAGAACUGAGGAGGUGUCAACCACGCGCACUGCCUUUGUGACAAUCCAGUCCACACAGAACGGGGGUUGAUAUCUGUUAGUUGUUGAAAUUUGCGGACAUCUGCUCCUCCUGCUGACUGCUGACAAGCCACCGACCACGGGCACAGCCUAUCCCCGGCCAUCCAUUAGAACCUACUCUUCCCCGUUGGAGACCAGCUCCACCACGCACAGCCAGCAGCCAUGGCUGAAGACUUGGACAUGCGUAACGAGCUGUCGGAUAUGCAGCAACGCGCCGACCAGCUUGGAGAUGAGUCGCUGGAGAGCACUCGUCGUAUGCUACAGCUGGUGGAAGAGAGUAAAGAUGCUGGUAUCAGGACUUUGGUUAUGUUGGACGAGCAAGGAGAGCAACUGGAGCGCAUCGAAGAGGGAAUGGACCAAAUCAAUAAGGACAUGAAGGAUGCAGAAAAGAAUUUGAACGAUCUCGGAAAAUUCUGUGGUAUUUGCUCCUGCCCAUGUAACAAGAUGAAGAGUGGCGGCAGCAAGGCUUGGGGGAACAAUCAGGAUGGGGUGGUGGCCAGCCAGCCUGCCCGUGUGGUGGACGACCGCGAACAGAUGGCCAUCAGUGGAGGAUUUGUUCGCAGGGUAACAGAUGAUGCCCGGGAAAAUGAGAUGGAUGAGAACCUGGAACAGGUGGGAGGAAUCAUCGGUAACCUGCGUCACAUGGCCCUGGAUAUGGGCAAUGAGAUCGACACCCAGAAUCGACAGAUCGACAGGAUCAUGGAGAAGGCUGAUUCUAACAAGACCAGGAUUGACGAAGCCAACCAACGGGCCACUAAGAUGCUGGGCAGUGGCUAAGCUCCCAGAGCAUGUUGCUUUUCCCGCAAUCGCAAUUUAUCGCAAUUUAUUGUCAUGGUAUUUACCUUCUAGGUUUGCACAUGUGCACAUAUCACCUCCCCACAUUGUAAAUGUUGUUCUGUGUAUCAUUUGUCUGGCUUUUUCAAUGAUUGUCCUCGUAAAAUGAAAUAUUUCUUAUCCUCUGUAUCAUUCUUUCCAAAGAUUGUAUACAGUGCUGACUCGAUGGCGCUAGUUCACUUGUGAAGUUUUUAUUCUCUUUACCAAAUAUAGUAAAUACAGGUAACUGCCAGAAUAAAGGAAACACUUGAGUAGAUUAGGGUUCUGGCGGCUCUGUUUUAGUGCAUUUUCCUGGCAUGAUUUAGGUCCAUUCAACCUCUUCGAGGGCAAGGUAAACAACAAUAAAUACACAGCCAUUCUGAGAGAUCACCUUCAACCUAUGCUGAAGCAUUUCUAUUGUGAUAGGAGUGGUCUCUUUCAGGAUGACAAUGCCCCCAUCCACAGGGCACGGGUGGUCACUGAACGUUUUGAUGAGCAUGAAAAUGAAAUCAACCAUAUUCCAUGGCCAUCUCAGUCACCAGUUCUCAACCCAAUUGAACACUGAUGGGAGAUUCUGGAGUGGCGCCUUGGACAGUGUUUUCAACCAUCGUCAACAAAACAACAAAUUACGGAAUUUCUUGAGGAAGAAUGGUGUCGCAUCCCUCCAAUAGAGUUCUGGACACUUGUAGAAUCUACGCCAAGGCACACUGAAAAUGUUCUGGUGGCUUGUGGUGGCCCAAUGCCCUACUAUGAUACUUUAUGAUGGUGUUUCCUUUAUUCUGACAGAUACCUGUAUAUACUGUAUAAUGGUACACUGCUGUUUUCCUUGUCAGUAUCUCAGUAUUGUCAGUAAACUGUAUCAUUCCAUCAGCUACUGUCAUGCACCUUAUUUUGAUGGUGUCAUGACAAAUGAAGAAGAGGGAAAAAACACGAUGAUUACAAAUUAUAGUAAAUUGAAUGUCUUAUACAUAAAAGCGGUCUUAAAAAUGUAUACACUGAGUGUACAAAACAUUAAGGACACCUUCUUAAUAUUGAGUUGCACCCCAUUUUGCCCACAGAACAGCCUCCAUUCACCAGGGCAUGGACUCUGCAAGGUGUUGAAAGCGUUCCUCAAGGAUGCUGAUCAAUGUUGAUAAUGCUUUCCACAGCUGUGUCAAGUUGGCUGGAUGUCCUUUGGGUGGUGGACCAUUCUUGAUACACACGGGAAACUGUUGAGCAUGAAAAAUCCAGUGGCGCUGCCGUUCUCAACACACUCAAACCGGUGCCUCUGGCAACUACUACCAUACCCAGUUCAAUUUUAUUGUCUUACCCAUUCAUCCUCUGAAUGGCACACACACAAUCCAUGUCUCAAUUGUCUCAAGGUUUAA